AGUGACCUCCCUUUACUAGACUAUUGCGUUCGUGUUGGGUUUUACAACUGCAUCACAUGUUUAUGUCGCGCAGUGGCCUUUCUUGCAUUUGACACAAGUGUCACGUGGUAGGAUUUGAAUGAUGCGACACUACAUCGGAGUAGAUGUGGGGACAGGAAGUGUGCGGGCGGCCAUUGUGUCAGAGGCAGGGGAACUAAUGGCCACAUCGGUGGCCGAGAUCACUACCUGGAACCGUGCAGUUGAUCACUAUGAACAGUCUUCAGACAACAUCUGGUCUGCUGUCACAACUACAGUCAAAAGUGUGCUGGAGACAUCAGGUGUGGAUAAGGACCAAGUGAGAGGCGUGGGCUUUGAUGGAACCUGCUCGCUGGUCGUCCUCGACCAACACUUCCAGCCUGUGUCAGUCAGUAAAUCUGGACGGCCUGAAUGUAACGUGAUCCUGUGGAUGGACCACCGUGCUGCCACCCAGGCCAACACCAUCAACCAGACGGGGAGCUCGGUGUUGCAGUACGUAGGUGGGAGGAUGUCCCUGGAGAUGCAGAUGCCCAAACUCUGCUGGCUCAAACAGAACCUGAAGGAUCAGUGUUGGAAUCAUUCAGCACACUUCUUUGAUCUGCCAGACUUCCUUACCUGGAGGGCCACACACUCUAUGUCCAGAUCCCUGUGUACGCUGGUGUGUAAGUGGGGCUACGUGGCCGGGACAGAGACAGACUCUGGAUGGAAUGGAGACUUCUUCAAGAAGAUAGGCUUGGAAGACCUUAUCCAUGAUAACUACAGCAAAAUAGGAAGUGAAGUGCGAGCACCAGGAGAGGCUUGUGGGAAUGGAUUAACCCGAGAGGCAGCAGAAGAGUUGGGUUUGAACCCAGGGACACCUGUCGGAACCGCCCUCAUUGACGCACAUGCAGGGGGAGUAGGUUGUCUUGGGUGUGUCCCCAGCAGUCUCAAGAGCCCUCUGCCGGCUGUAACUGGUCGACUUGUCCUGAUCUGCGGUACAUCCUCCUGUCAUAUGGCUAUCAGCAAGUCAGCCAUCUUUGUUGGUGGAGUGUGGGGGCCGUACUAUUCCGCCAUGCUACCUGAACACUGGUUAAAUGAGGGUGGACAGAGUGCUACUGGCAAGCUAAUAGACUUUGUGAUUGAGAGUCACCCAGCAUAUCAGGAGGCCCUUUCACAGGCAAACAAAAGCGAUGUCCACAUACAUAGCUUCCUCAACAGCCAACUGGAGGUGAUGACUGAUAACAAGGGGGGACAAUCUGUAGCUCAACUCACAGCUGACCUUCACAUUUGGCCAGAUUUCCAUGGUAACCGCUCACCCAUUGCUGACCCCUCUUUGAAAGGAAUGGUGUGUGGUUUGACUCUGUCAUCUGGCAUUGAUAACUUGGCUCUCAUCUAUCUGGCUACAGUACAAGCUCUCACUUACGGCACCCGACACAUCAUCUCGGAGAUGAACAGGAGUGGUCACAGCAUCUCUCUGGUGUAUCUAUGUGGAGGACUCCGGAACAACCAGCUGUUUGUCACAACCACAGCAGAUAUACUCAACAUGCCGGUAGUGCUGCCUGACAACACAGAGUCUGUGUUACUGGGGUCAGCUAUACUCGGGGCCAGGGCAUCCGGAGACUGUGCUAGCAUCCAGGAUGCAAUGGGGAAGAUGGGAGGCAAGGGUUCAGUUGUGAUGCCAGACAAAAAUGUUCAUCAGUAUCAUGACAAGAAGUACCAGGUGUACCUGAAGAUGUUAGAACACCAGCGGGAAUACACACAGAUCAUGGCCCAGUGAAGAAAGAGGAGCAUGGUGUAACACCAGAUAAUGAUGCAGCUCUGGUGCCAGAGAGGUUCCAGGAGGCUGCUGUAGCCUGUUUUACUCACUGUUUCCAGGAAAUUCCUGAUAAAUUAAGAGAAAGCUGGAGAGAUUAAUGGCAGUGAUUUAUCACAUAUUUACUCAGGAGCUAUCCAAAUGUAUUCAUAAUCUGACCUAUAUGGGGUUUAUACCAUCUCUUUCUAAUGCAUUGAUUGAGUCAGUAUAAACUUGAAUCGAUAUACAUCCUCUGCAUCAGUGUUUAAUAAGGUUGUGGAUGGUUUAAUGGUUCCAGUGUCAGCCAGUCCGUCAGUCAUGGCAGGAAAUAAACCUAGGUUUGGACAUUCCAGGUGUCCAAGGAUGUGACUUGAGAAAUCCUAAUCCAGUGAGCUGGAUGUGAUAUUGUAAUUGUUUGUCACUAAAGGAUAAAUUAUUUUAAGUUACGAAGGAUAACAAAUAUAUCAGUAUGUGUAUCAUGGGAGGCUGAUAGUGGUUUGGUAUUACCCAAUGUGAACAGAGGUGCCAGGCAUCGUUAUAAUGUACAUGUUAAUCCUGAAUGGAGAAUAACCAGUUUUACUCACAUUUGAUUGGUCAAUGUAACUUGUUGCUGAAAUUGAGCUUAACAGAGUUUGGUUGAGGAGAAUAUCACAUAUAUCUACAUUUCAGUGUUUCACAAUUCUCACAUUGGAUCAUUAUAUCACUGCCAUGUAUUUACAUGUCAACAGAAUACACACUUUAAA